CCAUAGAGACCGGGGGACCACAGAGGCCGGGGGACCACAGAGGCCGUUUCUACCCCGGAGGGUUAAAGGCGAACAAAUGAGAAAAGUCCCCAGAAACUUCUGGUAAAAUAACCGGCCCCCUGGACACAGCUGGCCUGCUCCAGAACGGCCUCACCGAUUUCCUGCUGGGACUGAGACCCACACAGCUUUCACGGUGGAAACGAGAAGAAGAGCGAAGGUAAUGGAGGCGAAAAGAGAGAAAAAAAAAUCAUCAUCAUCAUCAUCAUCAUCAUCAUCAUCUUCUUACCCGAUGAAUGCUGUGCGGGGGGGCACCGUCACCUGGCGGCCCCAGCCGUGGCAGGACGGUGACGGGGGAGGAGGGGAGCCUCUGUCGGACAGCGACUCCGAGGAGGAGGACUUCCCAGAUGACAGCACCACCCCGCUGGGCGACUACAUCACUCAUGGACUGAAGCAGCUCCUGGACGCUCAGCAGCUGUGUGACGUCACUCUGCUUGUUGAGGGGAAGAAGUUCAUGUGUCACAGAGUCCUGCUCGCAGCCGUGAGCCCCUACUUCCGGGCGAUGUUCACCAGCCCUCUGGUGGAGUCCCGCCUCACCGAGAUCCGUCUGGAGGAGGUGACGCCGUCCGUCAUGGAGACUGUCAUCCAGUUCGUGUACACCGGUGAGGCGGGACUCUCGCUGGACACGGCCGAGGAUCUGUUCGUGGCGGCCAACCGGCUUCAGGUCAUGCCGCUCCAGGACCUGUGCUCCAGGUUUCUGUUUGAGCACCUCUCAGUCGACAACUGCCUGGGGAUGUACUCUCUGGCUCGCUCUCACCACGACCAGCUCCUGCUGCGUGCCUCCUUGCGGCUUGUAGCCCAGCACUUCCCCCGGGUGGCCCGGCAGAAAGACUUCCUCCUCCUUGACCACGGCACCUUGGGCAGCCUGCUCAGCUCAGACCGCCUGGGGGUGGAGUCAGAGGCCGAGGUCUAUGACGCUGCACGGCGCUGGGCGGAGCACCAGCCCUUGGACCGCUACCCCCACAUGCCCGCGCUGCUUCACCACCUGCGGCCGGGGCUCCUGUCCCAGGAGGAGAGCCGCAGACUAUGCCAGGAGCUGGGGCCUGCCGCAGCCGGCGAGGGCCUCGGGGGGCCCCUGAGACCACGAGAGGGAAUGUUUGAGAAGAAGAUCGUCUGUGUGGAUCUGACGCCUCGGGAAGACGAGAACUUAGCCACACGAGACUACACUGUGGACUGCUUCGAUCCUCGGACAGGGAAGUGGGAGAAGUUGGCGGCGCUGGGAUCUCUGGUCAGUCCCGGCUGUACGGCAGUUGGUGACCGGUUGUUCGUAGCCGGCGGUAUCCUGCGGACGGGCUCGGUGUCUGCAGCCGUGCAUGAAUACGAUGCGGUGUUGGACCACUGGAUAGAGCGGCCUUCGAUGGUCCAGCCUAGGGCGAUGCUCGGCCUGCUGGGCUGCGGAGAGUCACUCUACGCCUUAGGCGGAAGUAACCGCUCGGCCCUGCUGGACUCUAGUGAGACCCUGGAGCUGUCGACACUACAGUGGGCCCCGGGGCCUCGGCUGCCGCUCCCCCUGCGUGCCUUUGCAUGCGCAGCUUUACGCGGACGACUGUACCUUCUGGGUGGAACCACGCUAGAACAGAACCGGGCCGUGGUCCACUCGGGCGUGCUCAUUUAUCACACCCUCACCGACUGCUGGACACGUGUGGCACUGGACUCCGGCGCCACCUGCCUCGCCGGAGGCGUGGCGGUGCGAGGAGGUGUCUGCGCGAUCGGGGGAUACAUGAGGGACACCACCAAGUUCCUGGACGGAAACUACACCAACCUGGAGACAUUAGACGCCACCGGGCGCGUUCUGUUUUUCAGAGAGGGUAGGGGCUCCGGGGUAGAGAGGGAGGUGACGGGGGGAGGGGUGAUGGUGACCGCCGAGCAGCGCGGGGCUGCGGGUGGCGGCAGCGACCGAGCCCCGAGCCCCGUGGUGUUUCCCGGGCUGCCGCGGCGGAUCGCGGCCGGCGGCGUGGCCAGGUGGAAGAGGAGGAUUUACGUGCUGGGCGGGGAAAACGGUUCACGGUUCUACGACAGUGUGUAUUGUUGGAAGCCCGGCUGGCGCAGCUGGGUCCAGAGACGCGAAAAGCUCCCCGGGGACACCGGGGGAGUGAGCCAGUUUGGGUGCACCACUCUCAAAUUCCCCAAGAAACACAUCCUGUCCAGACUGAGACUAGCCAAAGAAAACUGCAAGAAGCCCACGGACUAGCCCUGACCAGUAUGACUGAAGUCCAGGCGGCCGUUCGUUCACGUGACACAGAGAAGAGUUUUCAGUUAGCUCCUCCUCGACCCUGAUGAAAAGUUUGCGUCGAGAGGAAGUCACAAGAAAGAGUCCGUUUUAUACAAUAAGAGCGCAGCCACAGCUGCAGGAUGUUAAUGGACUGUAAUAUUAAUUAUGGUUAGUCAGAUGUACAGGCAGAGAGCAAAUGGAGCCAGGAACUGGUUUAAAUAGAAGAAAAAAAGUAAAAACAGGCAACAAGCACCUGAAUGUAACCGAAUCCACUCACUGUCCAAACAGUAAAGUCCCACGAGAGUGAGAGAGAGAAAGGAGCCGGAGUGAUAAUCUUUUUAAUUUUCAGGCUGUUUGAGAAUCAUUUCAAUGCUGUGAAUAUUUUUCAGCAGUUCAGACACAAUGUUACCUGCACAUUUCUGACAAGGCUACGUUUCACUGAUUCGCUGGAAGUUUAAGUUUAAAAAAAACAACAACAAAACGUUUUAUUAAAAGCCCUGAAACAAAAACACGUGCACUACUGGAUGAAACGCAGCGCUGCACCGACCGAACAACCCGUUGUUCGUAGUAGUUUCUGCGAAUGUAUUAAAAGGCGUCUUGAAAUUUUACUUUAGCUCGCUUGAAUAUUGUCAGAGCGUCUCGUCCUCUGAACCGUCUUCAUACUCCUUUGUAAUCCUUCGGAAACUUUCAUCUAUUUAUUUCCCUUUACCACUAAUAUCAGCUUUUAAAGCCUCCUGAUUAUUUUUCUUUUACUGCGAUUAAGGGCUAUAAAAAUAAAUUUGACUUUGAGAGGAAACGCAUCUCUUAAAAGAUGUCACAUUGAGACUUUCUUAACUGCUGCUAACUACGAAUGAAGAUCUUGCGCCCAUUUUAUGACUUAAUCGAUAAACCAGUGAAUAUGUGGACUUCCUACGCCUUUUCUGUCUUUGGCUCACAUUUCGAAGUCCAUUCCCAGACGACUCAGAGCUGCUACUCGUGUCAGGAAAAAGUCUCAUCUUUCCACAUCUUAAUCCUGUACCAACAGCAGAAAACCUCCAUGUUUGGUACAAGUUGCAGUGGUUCUCGUUGGCUCAGUCGAACCCUAAAGGCUCAAGCGUGUUUUUUAAUUUGACUGUUACCGUUAUUUAUGUUUUCAAAGUCAAAGAGGGUGGGACGUAGCAUUGGAAGAAAUGUGCUGGAUGACGGCUGGAUGAUAUGGAAAACAGAUUUCACACAGGAAAGUCAGAGCAUCUUCCACCGUCCGUUUAUAACAUGCCCCCUAGGGAUGAAAAAUCAUGUGUUAACGGUGAUUUAUAAAGUUUAAUGAUGGAAAAACAAAGAAUCGCUCUGGGCAACAUUUUAAUCUUUUGUAUUUUUUCAGUUUCGUAUCUUGAUUCCCACAGUACGAUCCCACUGGUUCAGUUCCAGUGGCAGUUGGUCAAAUGUUUGUGUCUGAACUGUCUGGAACAUGAAGUCGUCAGGUGACGCUUUUACUUGAUUCGGCAGCUGGGUCAAAAUGACGCACUUCUUCUCCGUCGCUCCGCGGGACUUGUGUGAAUGUGUUUGGCACCGAGGUCGAGAGUCAUCCGAACAACAGUCGCGUUGCACAUUAUUUAUUAAAAAUGUAUCUUUGAAGUUCUGUUGUUGUUGCUCUGAAAUGGCGACUUCCGCGUUCGACCGCACGGCGAUGACUGCUCGUUGUGGAGCAUAUUUUAUUUAGAUCUCAAAAUGUCCGAGGGGCUUUUAAAGUAACUGAAUUCUGAAAAUAAUGAUUGAACGAAAAAGCCAGAAAUGUAAGCACAUUGUUUUGAUGUAAGCCCGCUUUGUGUUUUCUUUAAUCUUCUCUCUCUUUUUUUUUUUAUUUAUUGAAACUGAUCACAGCCAGACUCUGCUGUGGGGAGAUGUGUGUGUGCCUGUGAGGAAACACUGCCAGCUGUGUCGGAAAUCUGAAAAUCACUGACAAAUGUCGAUGACAUUAAAAUGAAUGGGUUUCAAAAUA